GGGCCCUAACAGCUCAGCUGGUGUCAUUGAAUCGAUCUUAAUUCUGUGAAAAAAAGCUUUGACAGUCUCUAGCUGCCGUGAAACAGGUGGGAAACUGGUACACUGGGCACGCCCGCCUCUGUGAACAGAAGAAUGAAGGACUGAGAGAAUGAUGGACACUGAAAGUAGGAGGUGUCAGACAGGAAGUGGGGGAAGGCAAAUCUACCUGUUGUUGCUGGGAUGAAGGUCAGUAACCAACACACUAUAGAGUAGAAAGGAGGGGAGAAAAGAAGAGUAGAGGUAUUUAAUGUGGCACCACCAUGCUCUAACCAUUGCUCGGAAACCCUGGAUGUGAAACACCUCCACCCACUCUUCAAUCUUGGCUGACCUGAGUCCAAUGGCAAAGCAUGACCUGAACGAGUCCCCUCCUCCUUACUCUGUUGGCGUGUACAACCUGCCCCCCCUCAAGUCCUAUGAGGAGGUGGUGUAUGGCGUGGGUCCAGGCCUGACACCCCACACCCAUCCACAUUACAUUCCCCAAUAUGCACCACCUGAAGUUGUUUCUCAAGUCCCACAGUCAAGCAUAAUCCCCAGCCGUAGGAAGAAGAGAUGCUGUGAGUGUAAUUCCCAGUUUUAUGCAGGGUCAGGGGGAGCCUUACUGGUGCUCGGUCUGCUGGCACUUGCAAUCUGGCUUGGAGUUCGAUAUGGCGCCCGCUUGGCAACAGCAGCACAUAUAAUAAAUGAGUACAAUGAUGACAAAAUUCAAAUUCCGCCAAACGCUGACACCUGCCCCAACAAUACUAUCCAAUGUGAUGGGAUAAGAGACUGCAAACUGGGCAGUGACGAAACAAAUUGUGUGAGGUUUGGCAGCAACAACUCUCUGCAGGUCAGGACAUCUCAAGAUGCCCGCUUCCUGCCGGUGUGCUACAAAAACUGGGACCAGAGCUACGCCGACCAGACCUGUACUCAGCUAGGAUUUGGAAGGUCCUAUGCCACUAACGCAUUUCAAUCCAAGACGUCUACUGGUUUAACUUUGACCAGCAGAUCAAAUGCACCUCUCCAGGGUCUGGUAAAAGUCAGUUCUUCCUGUCCAAACCUGGAGACUGUCUCUCUGCAGUGUGUGGACUGUGGUCAGCAGCAGUCUACAUCCCGGAUCAUUGGAGGCAGCGCAUCCAAGAUGGGUCAGUGGCCUUGGCAGUUGUCACUGCAAUUCAAAGGAUCCCACGUCUGCGGAGGAGUCCUGAUCUCUCCUGAUUUUGUGCUGACUGCUGCCCACUGCUUCCCAAAAAGAAACUCUUUAGCUCUCUUGGUAGAAAACUGGAAAGUAUAUGGUGGAAUGGUGUCUCUGGACAAACUACGUCAGCCCUACUUGAUUACGAAGAUCCUAGUCAACGAGAACUACAGCAGCCAGACUAAUGACCAGGACAUCGCUCUGCUCAGACUUAGAUCUCCAGUUUUUGAGGAUAAUGUCCAACCAGCUUGUCUGCCAGCUUUUGACCAGGAAAUUCUCCCUGGAACUAAAUGCUGGCUCUCAGGUUUUGGCAUCACUAACGCAGAAUCAAACAUUGUAUCCAGGGAUCUAAUGGAAGUGGCAGUGGACAUCAUUGGUACUCAAGUGUGUAACAGCCCCAGUGUGUAUAGAGGCAGCGUGACCAACAACAUGAUCUGUGCCGGGGACCUGAACGGAGGCAAAGACUCCUGUCAGGGUGACAGCGGUGGACCUCUGGUGUGUCAGGGAGAGAGCCGUUGGUACCUGAUGGGGAUCACCAGCUGGGGAGCUGGAUGUGGUCAAAGAAACAAGCCUGGUGUUUAUACAAAAGUCAGUAGUGUUUUGCCCUGGAUCUACAGCACAAUGCAGCAAAUGAAGCCAUGAAGUCCCUUUUUCUCCCGCUGGUGGUCUACUUCCCCUCCAUCCCCAAUGAACCAAUUACAGUAAAGUGAUGGAUGGAUAUUGAUACACACCAAUCAAUGCACUGACUUCAGUCUUGCAUUCUUGAUUUAAUUUGUCUCUUGGGUGCCUCAGUCAUACAGCAUACUUGUGUUUAUCUACAUGUUAAGCUUUAAAGACGGCUGGCCCUUCUCUCAUAGUUCUGUGCCAACAAAACAGUCUACUGUAAUCUCCUUAACCUGAUUGAGAAUGAUACAUAAAUGAUUUAUGAUUGUA